UACCCAUAAAACUUCUCUGUAAUAUAUCAAUCUUUGUACAGGCUGAAUAACUUAACAUAAUUAACACUUGUACAAGCCUGACUGUACAAGCUCACAGACAGACUACAUAUGGAUGUCUAUUCCAAGUGAUGUGUCAGAAUCUGAAAUUAAAACCAGCUCCAGGUUUUCGCAGCAGGGGUCCUGUUGCUAAACAUGUUACUAAGCGACAAAGUAACACAACCUAUCUUUGUGAAUGUGAGAUGAGGGGAACCGGAUGCGGUAAUAUCAGGAACAUGCAGGCAGGAGAAAAGCAAAAAACAUGGGACUCGAGUCGUUUCAGGCAAGAGCACAUGACAUUUUGGCCAAGGAGUCACCCAGUGAUGUUUCCACAUCUCCAGACAGAUCACUGGAGCAAAAUGAAAACAAUGGCACCAGGUUAUCUUGCAUCAGUUCAGGCUGCCUUGUUGAAGGACACAGGGUAUGAAUCACAUGAACGUGUUCAAAACCAUACUACCAGCAGCCUGUUACCUCCUCUCACUCAGGAUGGAGCUGCAGUUAUUGAUCAUAUUCCCUCAAUGGUGCAAGGAUACAGCAUCCAUCAUGACGCACCAAAAACCUCACCACAAAACAUGCCUCAGUACAGAAAUGUGUUUAAUGACCGUGCCAGGAGGGGCUUCUGUUACUGGGUCAUGGAGAAGAAGGGCUCAACAUGUAAAGGAUACAGCUUUGGUGCCUACAAGACCUCUCUGGGAUUACCAAAAGUCUGACAAAAAAGAGUUACUAACAUUAUUUCAACCCUCUGUACAGAUUUAGUUACUUAAAAUCAUAUGAUUUCACUCUGAGGUUAUUAUUUAUAAUGAACCUUCUAUCACUUUACAGUUAAGAAGCUGUCAAGAUGCAGUUUUCACUACCUGAAGAGGGACUUGCCUUUCAGUGAAAAUGUUGUCAGUUUGAAGGAGUAGCUAAACUUGUAAAUCACAAGAAAUGUAGUCAUUGCAAUGAUGUGCUUAAUGCCAUGUGUAACUACUGUAUGCUGAAGUAAGGAAAAAAAACUUUAUAAACUUUAUGAACAUCUCAACUGGAGCUCUUAUAGGCCUAUACAGUGUACCAUGUGAUCCUUCACUUUGAGCUGGAGGACGUUUUCCUGCAGAGCUCAAUAAAGUGUCCCAUUAUUAUUACAUUCUUUUGCUUCUUAUGCUUUUGGCAUAUACCAUGACGACGACUAUUUCAGGUUAAUUUGUAUAUGUAUCUAGUAGGGAAAUGGAAAAAUACACCCCUUUGGUAUUGUUUAACUUAUAGCAGCCUACUUGUAAGGUGUGCCCCCUGCUGACCAUUAA